CUUGCCCCGCCCACCCGAAUGUGGGUGAAAGGUCGCAGUGGCGGCGCGGGGGCCGGGGCAGUGGAGCGGGGCGGCUGGGAACAGGCUGGCACGCUGAAGGAGCGAUCAUGGCCGACCAGGCGAAGCCGAUCAGCCCGCUGAAGAACCUGCUGGCCGGAGGCUUCGGCGGCAUGUGCCUGGUGUUCGUGGGCCACCCGCUGGACACGGUCAAGGUCCGACUGCAGACACAGCCUCCAAGUUCGCCUGGGCAGCCCCCCAUGUAUUCUGGGACCAUUGACUGUUUCCGGAAGACUCUAAUGAGAGAGGGCAUCACAGGCCUUUAUCGGGGAAUGGCAGCCCCCAUCAUCGGAGUCACCCCCAUGUUCGCUGUGUGUUUCUUUGGGUUUGGUUUGGGAAAGAAACUGCAACAAAAGUCUCCAGAGGAUGUGCUCAGUUACCCCCAACUAUUUGCAGCUGGGAUGUUGUCUGGUGUUUUCACCACAGGAAUCAUGACCCCUGGAGAAAGGAUCAAGUGCUUGUUACAGAUUCAGGCUUCUUCGGGAGAGACCAAGUACACUGGUGCCUUGGACUGUGCAAAGAAGUUAUACCAGGAGUCAGGAAUCCGAGGCAUCUACAAGGGGACCGUGCUUACCCUUAUGCGAGAUGUUCCAGCUAGUGGGAUGUAUUUCAUGACAUACGAGUGGCUAAAAAACAUCUUCACUCCAGAGGGCAAAAGUGUCAAUGAGCUCAGUGUGCCUCGAAUCUUGGUAGCCGGAGGCGUCGCAGGGAUCUUCAACUGGGCUGUGGCGAUUCCCCCAGAUGUCCUCAAAUCCCGCUUUCAGACCGCUCCACCUGGGAAAUAUCCUAAUGGUUUCAGAGAUGUGCUGAGGGAGCUGAUCCGGGAUGAAGGCAUUACAUCGUUGUACAAGGGGUUCAAUGCAGUGAUGAUCCGAGCCUUCCCAGCCAAUGCGGCUUGUUUCCUUGGCUUUGAAGUUGCCAUGAAGUUCCUUAAUUGGGUUGUUCCCAACUUAUGAUGUUGAAGACUUUGUGAGGUUUCUGGAUCCUGGAAGCUGUGACUGAAGAGGAACAGUGGACAGGAUUGAACUGUCGUGAAGGGUGACAAGCGGGUGUGGUGGAGCCAGAGCACUGUGUGAACCCCAUGAGACCACUGCCUUAAUUAUAUCCCGUACCUUGUGUAACUUGUACCAUUUUGAAACUUGAAUUCACUCUUGUCAGUUUAAGGGAUCUCAAGAGGAUUUGGAGAUGGAGUAAAUAGCUUCUAGACUAGCUGAGUGCUGGCCCUACUCUACCCAAAAUACUCCUUGUUAACAGGGAAUCCAUCUGUCACUGGAGACACUAUGCAUGUGUUCAACCGGCUGACCAGGAGCUGAAGUCUUCUCGGAUCCCAGGAUCAAUACUCAGGAGAUCUUCAGGGCACCAGCUAACCCUGACCUCUACAUGUGGACUUAGACCCAAGUCUGUCUGUCCAAGUAGAUUAAAUGUAUGUGUCCAAGGCAAGAAAGGCUGUUAUCAGUCGGGUUCAUCCUUUUAAUGCAUGCAAGUAAUCAAAAUUGAAACUAGAGUAGCUUCAUUACCUCAGGUUAGGGGGAGGGAUUCCCUCCUACACUGUGAGGAGAGUUUUACUUGACAGUCCCAGUAACCUGCUGGGCUAAGUGAGAAACCCAGGGUGUAGGAAGGCUCUUUUGCACAUCCUUUUCUCAUGAGAGUGCCCUAUUUUUAACAGGAAACAAUAAAUAUUGUUUCAAAUCUUU